AGCCCAUCACGCACAGAUAGUCAGCUGAUUGAGUCUCCAAACUCCGAUCACGUGAUUUUGUGUAACGCGCUGACGUCACUGCUCUUGACGUUGAUUGGCUGUUCAUUGAGCUUAGGCAGCCGGAAGUGAACUCAGUGGGGAGAGAGAAGGCUAAUUGAUAUUUGAGUGUUUUUAAAGCCCAUUAUCUGACUUUAUGAGUGUUUUAUGACUGAAUAUUUGUCCGUAUGUGAAGAGGAUCUCUGUCAGACUACGGUAAGAGUUGUGUUUUAUGUUUUUCGCGGUGUUCCGGUAGAUUAAAGCUCUUUAACCUGACUGACUGUUAUAUUAGCUGCUCUUUUUAAGCUAACUUGGCUCGAACUCUGCCCUCAAAAACACAUUUAUUAUUAUUAAAACUGUCUUUUUACUUAUUUUAGAGAAACCGUAGAGAGAAACUAAACUAAUAAUAAUAAUUCUGACAUUAUUAACUGAUUAUCGGCUCUGCUGUUAAUGAAAACGGGGUUUUAAUGACGGGAGAAUCUCAUUAAACGGAGACAUGGGUUUGAUAUUAGAGAUUAAAAUGGAUAAUUCUGAGGUAAAUAAGUGAAUGACGGGGAUUUAGGAUCACUCAGUGGAGCUAACAGCUGUGUCAUAACCCUCUCAUGUAACGGUGUUAUGAAUGCACGAGGCUACAGGUGAAUGAACUCUGAGCUCUGAUCCACACAGGUAAAGAGGGAGAGAUCUGGAGGUCCAGAGUCUCUGAAAACAGAGACAAGCUAGACCGAGAGAGAGAGAGAGAGAGAGAGAGAGAGAGAGGGAGGUCUUGGUGCAACUAAACUAUUAUAACCCACAAACAGGUGAGACAGAAUAAAGUUCCUGGGUAGAUUACAUCAUCUACAGUCCAUAAUAUCCUUCAAAGAUUCAGAGGAAGUCCCUGAACUAGGGCUGGGCGAUAAAACGAUAACUAUAUAUAUUGAAAAUCAAAGGUGGUGUAGUCACUCCUCCUCUCCCGCCCACAAACAGAUGCUCCUGCUCGCUCAUAUCGUUCCAAUCAAAUUCAGAUAUAAUGCAGAUAAAUACUUCAGAUCAUUACAAAUGGGGCCCAGUCAAGGUGAAAGUCAAAAGCAUUGGUGCUACUGUAGAUGCCAACAGACUACCAGCAAACACAAUGUUUGCAGGACUUCUACAACGAGGAUAAAGUGACAUAGUCCAGGACCCGAGGGAGGACAGUUUAGCGAUGGCGCUACAACACGCUACAGCAGGUCCGUUUGACAAGAAACACUUCUGUUACAGACACUUGUCUUACUUUGUUAAAGCGGUUUACCUGUCCAGCAGAAAGGUUACAGGGUCACCAAGAUCCCAAAGCGUCCCCCAUCGUUUAUGUUGACCCGGCUUUUUAGCUCUUGUCCGGUCUACCUCCGUUUUAAGCGCCCGUUAUUCCUCCAGAGUCUCCGGUAUUUACUUUGUUUUCUUGUAACAUUUCUUUGGACACGGAGCUGACGUCAGAUGUAAAAUAAGCGUAAUAUUUUCACAAAACACCUGAUGUUUUUUUUGUGUUGUCAUGGAGAUGGAUGUAAAUAAAUCGAUGCUGAGUGUUUUAAGUCUAAUUAGUCUGCAUCACUCAGUGUCCUCCACCUGUCUUUGUCUUCCAGCUCGGUGUGGGAUGUCAGAGGAGGACAUUAAACUCACCAGCAGAUGUAGACGUCACAAACCAUCUCACACUCUUCUAACGUAGGCCCGCGAAUGUCCCGAACACUGACAGCCAUGAGCGACAGCACGGUGAGCGGCGGCCAGCAGCAGUGGUCGGGGUCUGGGCAGACACCACAGCCUUCUAGGGGACCCUUCAACUCUGUCAUCACCAACAGGUGAGAUCUCUAGUAUACUGACUGAAGACAGGGUUACUUUUCUGCUGUUAGAGGAUCCCUUUGCUGUAUGGAUGAUAUUAUCAGAGUCAUUAUCUGUGUUCUCUCUGGUUGUAGGACCACUAACCUGUUGAUCCGCGGGGCCAUGCUCUUCUCCGUGGGUGUCUUCUUGGCUCUGGUGCUGAACUUACUGCAGGUGCAGAGAAACGUCACGCUCUUUCCACCAGAUGUCAUCAGCAGUAUCUUCUCCUCGGCCUGGUGGGUGCCGCCCUGCUGCGGUACAGCCUCAGGUACGUGAACUCACUCUGUUCAGUGAGCAGAAGGAGGUGUUUGUAGGUUAUAUUUAGGGGGAAAACAGUUCAGAUGUUUGAGCUUAAAUAGAUCUAAUGUUGUCACGUUUGAACAAAAGCAAAGAGUGAGGAAUUUAAAGUUUAUUCAAAACUAAAAAACUGACUUCAAACAGAAAAAACAAAUCCAUGUUUACCCAAACAAAACACCUGACAAGGCGGCACCGAAGGGAGGACAUGAGGAUAGGCAAAGACUGCUCUGUCCACAGGGGGCGCCAAAACUGAGGAGCUUUAAUCUGAUGAUAUCAAACGGCUGGUGUAGCGUCAUCUUACCCCCAAUUUUCACCACAUCAGGAACGGCUCCAAUCCAGAAAAACAGCGAUUUUCACCAUCUGCCGAUCCGUUUGUGAGGCGAAUUUUGUGGCAGAUUACAGACAGCGUUAAUCGCAAGAACUCACAAGAACCUGCAGAUUCACGUUCAAUCGCACGAUAACGAGUUGUCUCUAUAAAGACAGACACAUAGACAUAUAAGCAGUAGAUUGUGUCCUUCCAGAGGAGGAAAUCUACUUCUAGACUUCUAGAAUCAGCAUCUCCUCAUCCAUGGUGUCAUCGGGGUGAAAUGACGUCUAAAAACCUUUCACUUGUUCGUCUCCGCCCGUUUGCAUGGUGUGAAAUACGAUCCUCCUGAAACACGGAGUGUUUUAUUUUGAAAAGAAGCCGGAUGUUUUAUUUUGUGUCUGUGCCCGACUUCCUUUCCAGCACGGGUUAAUCUGUGCUGAAUUUAUCCGCCAUGCUCCGGCGUCCAGAAAAAAUAGAACUCUUGUGAUCAGCUGAGGAGUCUGGCGAUCCUCAGAGGAACGGAAAGAAGUCGGUGUAAACUGACACGUUAACUUGAAUGGUUACGAUCAGCUACGAUCGGAGGAUACGGCCUUUUCGUGGCCGUUCUGGAUGUGGUGGAAAUUUGGGGUUAUGGUCCUAACCGUGAUCUAUACUGUACUGUGUAGAUCAAGUAAUUUCUGUUCUGUCUUGAAAUUCAGACUCAAAAACUGUGUCUAUCAAAUUACAGGAAUGAUGAGAUUUCAAUUAACCGCUCAGCCCGACCAAAAACCUGGUCUCGUUCCUUUUCUUAUUGAGUUGUGUUUUUUAAAACUGGAUGAUUUCUGUGCUGAAGGUGGACGUCGAGGAAACCACAAACUGUUUUAUGUAAUUAGUCAGAGAGUUUUGCCCGCAGCACUUUGAAACCACAGCGGACCGCGCAGCAGUCUGAGCGCACACACAUCUACAUGCAUCCUGCACAACAUCCCCACCAGGACCAGAGCGGACGAGCCGGCGUUAUUGAAAACCUGUCCCCUGGGAGUGAAGCUGUGGAUGGAGACUCCUCACGGCGCUGCUCCAACUCCCAGGAGGCUCGGCGGGAAACACAACAGCCCGAGGCGCUCCUCCUCCUCCUCCUCCCCAGACACACAGCAAGCCCGUCACUUCCACUCGUUCUGAACACGUUUUACUUUUCUCCUGGAGGAGCUCUGCUGCAUGUUGAUAGAAAUAUAUCUCAUCCUGACUUUAAGAAGAGGGGAGGCAGCUCAAAAUAAGAUCGAGUUACAGGAGUGUGGAGAAAUAGUUUGAAGUCGUUUUGAGUCUCUUUUUGAUUCGUUGAUUUCUGAUUGAAUAGUUGUUUUUUUACAGUUUGAACAGAUUCCCGACUGUCUGCAAAUGUUCAGAUUCACACCUGUGUGAGUGUGGCUGAUUCUGCACAACAACAGGAAACAACAGCAGACAUGAUGAUCACGCCACUCUCUCUCCGUCUCUCUCUGUCCCGCAGCGAUGAUCGGGCUGUUGUACCCCUGCAUCGACAGCUGUCUGGGCGAGCCCCACAAGUUCAAGCGGGAGUGGUCCAGUGUGAUGCGCUGCGUGGCCGUGUUUGUGGGCAUCAACCACGCCAGCGCUGUAUCCUUAAACCUCCGGAGUCUGUUUUCUCAGUUUGACGUUUGUCGCUUUCUUUUUAAUUAUUUGUUUUGAGACAACGAAAACAGAACAGACAAGCUCAUACACAAUAGAAAACACACACACAGUAAUAAUAAUAAUAAAAAGAGAGGGGGUGAGUGUGGGGAGUUAAAGGAUUAGGACGCUGCACAUCACCUUCUUAGACCAAAACUUGGCUGUGAGUCCAGGAGGAGGAGGAGUUAUCAGAGCGCUCUCAUCCUCUCAUUCUCAGCUUUUGUUACACAACCUUCAGUUUUUGUCACUGAAAUAUGAGAAAUACAGAUUUUGGAUGUGCUGAUCCUUGACCUCUGACCUGCAUCAGAAAGUAGACUUUGCCAACAACGUCCAGCUGUCUCUGACUCUGGCGGCGCUCUCCAUCGGCCUGUGGUGGACGUUCGAUCGCUCUCGCAGCGGCUUCGGCCUCGGCGUCACCAUCGCACUGCUGGCAACGCUGGCGACGCAGCUCCUGGUUUACAACGGAGUCUUCCAGUGAGUUCAGACACAGUUCUCUGUCAAUGAAGAGAAGACGAUAGUUCUUCUCGUUACUUUUGUAUUUGAUUAAAAUAUUGAUAUUAAAACAUGACGUGUUUCUUCUUCUCUGCUCAGGUAUACGUCUCCAGACUUCCUCUACAUUCGCUCCUGGUUACCUUGCAUCUUCUUCGCCGGGGUGAUAACCAUGGGGAAUAUCGGGCGGCAGCUAGCUUUGGUAAGUAGCUGUGAAAACGGCGUUCUCUUAACUCGAUCCUUCAAAUCACAGCAAAUAUAAACACGUCUUUAUUUUCAGGACGACCUCAGCUUCAGUUUAUGGAGCAAAAAUGAUGUAAAAUAAAUGAGACAGGAGAUUCAGAACCAUCAAAGUCAACCAAAAAACAAAAAUAGAAACUGAUCCCAACAGAACUUUGCUCUAAAACCACAUAAAUCUACAGUGACCGAGCCUUUCCUCACCUGAACAUCAUCCUCUCAAGUCUAUCAGGAGAAGAAAUAUUGGGAUUGGAACAAACACACAACAGAAACUAUUGACAUAUUUACACUCAUUCUUCCGGGUGUUUUUGACUGUUUCCAGUUGUUUCUGGGAGGAGACAGAGGACCACAUCAUACUGCUCACAAUCUCUUCAUGAGACCGUGUCAUUGGUCCAAAGUUUGACAGAAAAAGACGUCAUUAAAACAGUUUUUCAAACCCAGAAGAUAUUAGCGGCGUUUAGAGAUAGUGAUCUUUUCUUUUAUCACAACAGUCUGAUCAAUAAUCCUGUUUUCACCGGUUUAUCACUGAGGAUUUACCAUCAAACGUCUCUGAUCAAACACCUGUUUUUGUGGCUGGAUUGUAAACUUUGUGGCAGGUGUAGAAAUGACGGGAAAUCCUCGAUAGAUCGCUGAAAUGGUAAACUAUUGAACACUUUUUAUCCCGUAGAGAUACACGGUAUAAAUCCUGAGAAACUAUUAACUAUAUUCAUGGUGCCUGCGGAGUUCUCAGUGUUAAAUCACACACUUGCAUGUUUCUGCGGACUGACUGUAAAACGUUAAAAACAAAAAGAGUCCUUUAGUGUUUUUUCUGUCCUCUGAAGCUGUCCCACCUCUUUGUUUUUGCAGUACGAGUAUAAAUUCAUUCAGGAGAAGACCCAUCAGGACUGAGGAUCUCCAUCAGGACUGAGGGAUCUCCACCAGGACUGAGGGAUCUCCAUCAGGACUGAGGGAUCUCCAUCAGGACUGAAGGAUCUCCAUCAGGACUGAGGGAUCUCCAUCAGGACUCUGCUCUUAAAGACUUUGCUCCAACCUAAAUCCAGCUGCAGGUAACUAACAGGGACCUGCUGGACUUGGAUGUGAAGCAGGAGUUGAAAUGACCUCCUGAUCGACUGACUGACUGACUGACUGACUGACUGACUGACUGACUGACUGACUGACUGACUGACUGACUGACUUCCUGCUGGGCGACAGUAUUUCCCAUCGGCUCUUGCCUGCCUGGAGAGCGGAGGUGAACAGUGAGAGCAGAGUUUGUGGUGUUUUCCUCUCCGCCGCGGUUUAUCUCUGCUCACCUGGAGAAAAGGGAUUAACGGCGAAGCAUCUAUCGUUCUGCAGAUCAGCUCUGACGUUUGAAACCUUUGGCUCCAUUGUGCCAAACACAGACACACGAGGAUCAGUUUUAGCGUCUGCUCUUAUCUGCGGAUCGGUUCACGUAUCAGUGGAGAACACACACACAGACUGUGAACUUCUAUCUAGACAGAUAUGCAUUAAUAUACAAGACUUUCAUGUAUGUUAUUAGCUCCUGUAUCUACAGUUGGCUUUUGGUGAUAAAGGAAUGAUGAUGAUGUGACUGUGCACCUGUCUGUGAGCGGCUGUGAGGACUCAGUGUUCACCUGCAGUCAGUAUCUACCAGCAGUACAGUAUCAUCGGAUCCCACGGCUGCUUUUCUAGGAAGUAGAUGAUGUUUAAUUUGGAGUUUGGAGGCGAAGUUUCCGGUUCAAGUUGUACAGCGAGAAAAACGACAGAAUGCAAACUCACGAAAAUCUAAAACCAGACAGACGGCUGAGCCAACCAGCUUUUCUGCACGUCUUUAAAUCUGAAGUUAACAUCGCAGGAGAGAAACGACGUCUCUGCUGGAUUACUGGGCUGAGAAAUCUCACUAAUGUUGUCUCUCUCUCUCUCAACUCCACAAACUCAGCAGCUGGGUUCAUUUAUUAACUCAUACAUGCAGGUCAAAAGAUGAGCCGCCUCUUUAGAUAUUAAAAGAGGUGUCCAGCAGUUUAAUUAAGUCAGCUCUUCCUUCGUCGUUUGGCUUCAUAACAUCUUGAGAAACUAAAGUGUGAUUCGUCUGAGACUGCAGAUAUCCUACAGCGUACACACUCCACUUAUAAACAGGGAGGAUUUAUGUUAGCGAGAACUUACCCAGGUCUUCAUUUAGACAUGCACCAUGAAACUGAGCAGCUGCUGUGUUUGAGGAGGAGUGAGGGUCAACCAGAACCGGAACCAGAACCAAACCGCAGCUCUGUUUUAUUUGAAAAAGGAAAAAAAAAAAAGAAGUUUUAUAUGAUUCUCUUUUCUAAACGACUAGCUUCAAAAUUCGCAGUAAAAACUGUUUUUUUUUUGCCUCUGGAGUUGAUCCUGACAUGUUUUAACAGUAAUGAAAAUAUUCUUUUGAGGCUGUUUGAAUAACUCGUCUUUUUUCCCUCUUGAUCCAGUAACAUUUCUGUGAAAGAAAAACGCACAGGUACAACGUUUUAAAGUGUUAAACUCUGCGUGAAGAAGAUCGUCUCUGUUUGUUUGCAGCAGGAGUUUGUCGGAGCGGAUGGAUUUACGAUAUAAAAUAUGAAGACGAGAAAACGGGGAACGUGUUUGUUUACAAAGAGGUCAAUUUAAGGGAGCAGUUAUUUAAUAAUCUUAGGUAAGACACGGACAUUUGGGUCAAACAGACGAAACAUUAAAGGGGAUUCAUGUCAACUUAAUUAGCAUGUUUGGUUAUCAGCAUAUCAGCCUUUAUUUACUCGUUGUAGAGCACUUAUUAACAAUGAUGUAGUUGUAGAAUAUGGUCAUGAGUGUUAAUUAGUGCUCUAUAACUUAUCAUUAAAGCUUAUAUGCUGCUAAUAAAAAGCUAAUUAGUAGGUAAUGUAUUCCCUAAUUGAAGGUGUUACCAAAAUUAAACAGUGUUCGGGAGAUUCACUGUAAAACAUGAAGGAGGAACAUUUUUUAAUCCACGUUUUCUGAGCGCGGUAGAAACUUUUUCAAAAACAGAAAUAUUGUUAACGCUCAGUUUAGUUUGAGUUGUAUGAACAGAGAUUAAAAAUAAUAAAAAUCUCACCUUUUAAAUCUCUGCGGCCUCCUGAGAUCUCUUAAUCCAUCACUGCCUCUUUCACACGUGCUCUCCUGACUUCUUCAGGAACAUUUUCAGCGUUCUGACUCUGAGAGUCGAUUGAGCAGUUUGUAACCCUUUAACAGUGUUGGUGACAAAAACGACACUAAGGGUCAUUUUUUCCUCUUAAUUUGACCAUAACUUUCACUGUAUUUAAACAAAUGACAUGAUUUUAGCUGACAAACUUUAUUUUUUCAUAUAAUUUGAAAAUAUGAUUUCAAAAUUGUCUAAAGGUCAAUAGUACACUGUCGGCAAAUUUACUACCCUUUAGUUUUGAUCAAAACUAGUAAAUAUAUAUUUAAAAAAAGAUUAAGAUUUUAACCCUUUGAAUGCCAAUUUAAUAAAGAAAGUCACUGAUAUGGGAAAAUAAACGCAAAAUGAGCUUUUUUUCGAUAUU